CGAUCAUAUCAGGCCUAGUCCAUGCUAUUGCUGACGUGUUAGGAGGCUUCUUCAUAAUGAUAAUGGCCGGAACGGAUGAUAUGUACGAUGCACAACCCUACAUAAACUGUAGACGGAAGUCUGUUUCUCAGCCGAUAGCACAACAAUCUCCAAAUGAUACGCUUAAAAUGGUGCUGCUACUGCAUUGCACUACGCAAGGCGUGCAUAAUCAUCGCCUGUUUAGACUUUGUUAUUAACUUAACCAUCGCCACCAUUGGAGCAAAAUAUCAUUUCAUCGAUAGGAUUGAGCAGGCGGUGGCUAUUUGUCACAGCCGGGGCUGUGUCUUCCUGAUAGGCGGGGCUCUGCUCAAAUCAUCCGUUCUGCUGAUCUUCUUCCUCAUUACCAGCCUGACCAACUAUGUCAUCUUGAUCGCCUAUAUCAUCUACAUUUGCUUUGAUUGGGUACCCAAGGGGCAGUUUAUACUGCCUACCAUUAUAUAUUAUAUUUAUACAUGUGGGUUUCCUUUAUUCUCGAGCACCUGCUCCUGCUCACAUACCUCCUGUUUUCCAGUUGUUGGCAUAUACUUUGGCUCGUCGUCUUCUCCCAUUAUAAAAACGUGACCGUGUAACGAUUGAUGUAUAAUCUAUUAAUGUUGAUCUUUAAAUCGAAGCUAAGUAAUUAAAAUUCCCAGUGAUUAUCUCAUUAUAACGAUCCGCAAUUUCUUGAUGGGUAUCCACACUGAAGGCGCCUACCUAAAGUAAUACUUUUUA